AUGAGUAAGGCCCACACUCCUGAGCUGAAGAAAUUUAUGGACAAGAAGUUAUCAUUGAGAUUAAAUGGCAGCAGACAUGUCCAAAGAAUACUGCGGGGUGCCGGAAUACUGCGGGGAUUUGAUCCCUUCAUGAAUCUUGUGAUCAAUGAAUGUGUGGAAAUGGCAACUAGUGGGCAGCAAAAUAAUAUUGGGAUGGUGGUCAUACGAGGAAAUAGCAUCAUCAUGUUGGAAGCUUUGGAACGAGUUUAAACAGUGGCUUUUCAGAGGAAUUCA